AUGUACAUUAAACAGAUAAUUAUCCAGGGCUUCAAAAGCUAUAAAGACCAAACGGUUAUUGAGCCCUUCUCGCCAAAAACGAAUGUCAUUGUAGGUCGCAAUGGCUCCGGGAAGAGCAACUUUUUCGCAGCGAUGCGGUUCGUCCUCAGCGAUGCCUACACGCAGAUGAGCCGAGAAGAGCGACAAGGCCUGCUGCACGAGGGCUCCGGCUCUGCCGUCAUGUCUGCCUACGUGGAGAUCAUUUUCGACAACAGCGACGAUCGCUUUCCCACAGGUAACAAGGAGGUCGUCUUGCGCCGCACCAUUGGAUUGAAAAAGGACGAGUACUCGGUUGAUCGGAAAGUGGUGACCAAAACGGACGUCAUGAACCUCCUCGAAGCAGCGGGAUUUUCGCGAUCGAAUCCUUACUACAUCGUCCCGCAAGGCCGUGUGACGGCGCUUACAAGCAUGAAGGAAUCGGAUAGGCUGAACCUAUUGAAGGAAGUUGCUGGGACCCACGUGUAUGAAGCACGUCGGGCGGAAUCGUUGAAAAUCAUGCACGAGACCAACAACAAGCGAGAGAAGAUUGACGAACUGCUGGAAUACAUCAAAGAGAGGCUAAGCGAGCUGGAGGAGGAGAAGGAAGAGUUGCGCGGCUUCCAGGAAAAAGAUCGGGAGCGCCGGUGCCUGGAGUACGCUUAUCACCAUCGCGAGCAAGUCACGAUUCAGUCUGCUCUGGAAGACAUCGAUAGUACUCGACAGGAUGGUCUCGACACCAGCGACUCAAGCCGCACCGAGUUUUUGAAGGGCGAGAAGGCGAUUGCAAAAAUCGACGCAGAGAUCCACAACCUCCAGCGGGAACUGGAGCUUCUCCAAAUUGAUCGGCGUCAACACGAAGAAGACAGACGGGACAGCGCAAAGGUGCUCGCAAAAGCGGAGCUCAAGGUGAAGAACUUGAAGGACGGGCAGUCAGCACAGGAGCAAGCGAGAACCCAACACGCCGCCGAGCUUCAGUCAAUCCAGUCCGAGAUUUCGCAGAAAGAGGAGCAACACGCCAAGGUCCUACCUGAAUACCAGAAGAAAAAGGAGCAGGAAGCUGACAUAAGACGGCAACUGGACACAGCGGAGGCCUCACGGGCCCGGCUUUUCGCCAAGCAAAGUCGCGGCUCUCGGUUUAAGAACAAGUCCGAGCGAGAUGCUUGGCUGAAGCAAGAAGUCGAGGAGCUGAACUUGACCAUCAGUGGGCAAAAGGCGAACAGGAUAGAGGCCGAAGAGGAAGUCGCAAGGGUGCAGAAGGCUAUUGAUCAAACCGAGAGGGAGGUUGCGGAUCUGAGGUUGCGACUGUCGAACUGGAGUGGCGACAGGGUACAGAUGGAGGAACGCGUCACACAAGCCAGGAUCAACCUCGAUAAACUGAACGACGAGCGAAAGCUCAUCCGACGGGAGGAGGAGAAGCUAAACUCCAUCAUUGCGAACGCAAGACAGGAAAAGGAACAAGCGGACCGGGAACUGUCACACGCCGUCGACGGCGCGACGGCGCGCGGGUUGGCUACAAUCCGUCGUCUGAAGCAGGAGCAGGAUAUCCCUGGUGCCUACGGAACCCUUGCAGAUCUCCUCGAGGUCAGCGACGCGUACAGACUGCCCGUAGAGCAGAUUGCUGGCUCCAGCUUGUUCCACUAUGUCGUUGAUAAUGCCGACACUGCGACCUACCUGGCGGAUAUCCUGUUCAAACAGCACGGAGGCCGGGUCACCUUCAUGCCAUUAGCCCAGCUGCGGCCACGACAGGUCAGCUUUCCUCGAUCCAACGACGCGGUGCCUCUUAUUAGCAAAAUCAAAUACGACGCCAGGUUCGAAAAGGCCUUCCAGCAAGUCUUCGGGAAGACGGUAGUCUGCAUAAACCUAGCCGUGGCUUCCCAAUACGCCAGAAGUCAUGGCGUUGACGGCAUUACCGCCGAAGGCGACACGACAAACAAGAGAGGUGCAAUGACUGGUGGAUACAUUGACCCGCGAAAGUCACGCCUCGAAGCGGUGCACGCUGCGAACAAAUGGCGAGAAGAAUUCGACGGCCUGAUUGCACAGCUGCGAGACCUGCGUCACCAGAUCGAGCGCAAGGACCAGGAGAUUACCGGAGCCAUGUCGGAGCUGCAAAAGCUCGAGCAGCAGCUAAGGCAAGCAGACGACGGCUUUGAACCGCUCAAGCACGAGCUGAGGAACAAGUCCAGCCAUGUCGAGAACGAAAGGAGCCACCUUGACGCGGCCCUCAAGCGCCGCGACGCAGUGGAGAAGAACAUGAACGGAUUCAUGGAAGAAGUCGCUGCCCACGAGGCCGAAAUCGGCACCGAAUUCAAAAAGAGCCUUAGUGCGGCGGAGGAGCGAGAGCUCGAGAGUCUCAGCGCCUUGACACAGCAAUUGCAAAAGCAGUGGAACGAGUUGAGUAACGACCGAAGGAAGCUGGAGAGGAAGAAGCAGUUUCUAGAGGCAGACCUGCGUCAGAAUCUCCAGAUGAAGCUGGAUCAGGUGAACAGUCAAGCGUUCGAGACGUCGGCGUCGGGGGGCGCGGCAGGAAGCAUGAAGGAGGCUCAGCGAGAGCUCAAAGCCGCGCAAAAGGGGUUGCAGACGGUUGCGGGCAACCUCGAAGAAACCGAGGGCAAAAUAGAGCAGGUUUCUGCCAGAAUCGAGCGACUGAGGGCUGAAAAGGCGGACAGGGAGCAGGUCCAGAACGACCUCUCGACCCGGAUAGAAAAGCAACAGAAGAAGAUGGAGAAGACGCUGCAGAGAAGGGCGCUGCUGACUGCGCAGGCCGCGGAAUGCGCCAGGAACAUCAGGGACCUGGGCGUGCUUCCCGAGGAGGCUUUCGACAAGUAUGAGAACAUGGAGGCCAACACUAUUACGAAGAGACUGAAGAAGGUGAACGAGUCUCUGAAAAAGUACAAGCACGUCAACAAGAAGGCGUUUGAGCAGUACAACAACUUCACCAUGCAGCAGGACCAGCUGAUGAAGCGGCGGCAAGAGCUGGACGCGUCCCAGGGAUCCAUCGAGGAGCUGGUCGAGCACCUGGAUCGGCGAAAGGACGAAGCCAUCGAGCGGACGUUUAAGCAGGUAUCCAAGGAGUUUGCGACGAUAUUCGGCAAGCUCGUGCCUGCGGGACACGGCCGUCUCGUCAUCCAAAGAAGAACAGAUCGCCGGCAGGAAGCCGACGAAUCGGACGAGGAAGCCCGCGGCAGCGUGGAAAACUACAUUGGCGUGGGCAUCAGCGUCUCCUUCAACUCCAAGGAGCUGGACGAGCAGCAGAGGAUUCAGCAGCUCAGCGGCGGGCAGAAGAGUUUGUGCGCCCUGUGUCUCAUCUUCGCGCUCCAGCAAACCGAGAGCAGCCCCAUGGUCAUCUUUGACGAAGUCGACGCCAACCUGGAUGCUCAGUACCGAACCGCCGUUGCUGCGUUGCUCGAGUCCAUCUCCAACGAGGCCGGCACGCAGUUUAUCUGCACCACGUUCCGACCCGAGAUUGUCCACGUGGCCGACAAGUGCUACGGCGUGACGUUUCACAACAAGACGAGCUCGAUCAACUGCGUCAGCACAGAGGAUGCGCUGAACUUUGUCGAAGGCCAGGCCAAGCCAGCCGGGUCGUCGUGA